AAGGCAGCGAGAGGCUCAGGGGAGGGGAAAGGCCCCUCUGAGGUUUUUAGGGAUUCUUUUUGCAAAGGGUGAAGCCCCCGCUCCUCAAUAUAUUUGCAUGUCUUUCAUGGUACAAGAGACUUGGCAGGAACUGGGGAAAAAAAAAAAAAUCACAAAGAGCCAUGAGAACAAAGAUCCCAGCAACUAGGAAGUGAGAAAGGGGGACUGGUUAAAAGAGAGAGGCACUGAAGCAAAGCAGAGUGAAAUCAGCAGUUCGGGUGCUAUUGUACCCUCCAAGGAUUUACGAGCAGCAGGAAGAUAUAUCCCUCAUCGUGUCACUCCCUGAAUGAGGCAGAACAAGGGACACAGGGAGUGAGAAAGUCAAACAUACGCCGUGACAGCCAGCAGGCGGAGGAGCUGGGAGCCCAUGAGCAGGAGACCUUCAUCUGGGGCAGAAGGCAGCAGCUCUCCUGGGGAAGGACGAUGGUCGGGAUAGGAGCGUUCCCAUGAUCCCCGUCUUCUUCCAGUGCACCUGAGUAUUGCGUCUUUCACAAUUGCAUUUGCUGUCAUAGAAUGUGUUUUAGCUUAUCAGCUUCAAAUAGCAAAGUUCAUGCUUUGUGGCCAGUGCAUCAGGAAGUGAGAAAGGAGGGGACAUGAACUGCAGCUUGACAGAUAUAGAACCAGCCACGGUGGUGGGGACGGACGUGAUUUGGAUAAGCAAGUAGACAGACAGCCUGCUUGGUUCUGUUGUAAUUCAAGCCACUGGCAGCCCUGGUGAAUGAACUGAAAUCUCUGCAGUGAGCAGACAGCAAACUCUCAUGCACCCUCAGCUCUUCACCAGCAGAGAGGAAUUGUGCUGACAUUGAGUGACUGGCAAUGACCUUUCAUCACAUCAACAUCCCCGUAAUGACUGGAAAGAGUAGAUGAACUAGAGGCAGAAGCUGACUACAUUACCAUCCCUGCCUGAUGACCAUUGACCAACAAUCCAAAGCAGUGCCAGUCAAGAGAGAGAGAUGUGCCCAUCUACCUCCCAGCUGCAGAUGAGGGGAAUGCCCUACCCAGAGCUUCCUUGAAGGGAAUGACUUUGCUUGGUGCUUUUCUUUGGGCCUUCUUAUCUCACCAUCUGUCUCAGCCAUCUCAUGGAGAUCCUCCCCUCAUCCCUGGGCAUGUUAGCUGACAACUCAUCUCAGAUGUGCAAGGAUUACAAAUACCAGCACUACCUCCUCCUGCCUGGCUACGUUGUGAUAUUCAUUACAGGUUUGGUACUGAAUGUGGUGGCUCUGUGGAUACUUGUUCGCUGCCUGCGCCUGAAGUCCGUAGUGAUGAUCUACAUGUUCAACCUGGCUGUGAGCGACCUCACCUUCACACUCCCUCUGCCACUGCGACUCUACUACUAUUCCAACCACGAGUGGCCCUUUGGUGAGAUCCUGUGCCAGGUCUCUGGCUCUGUCUUCCAGAUCAACAUGUAUGGUAGCUGCAUCUUCCUCAUGUGCAUCAACCUGGAUCGCUAUGUUGCCAUUGUCCAUCCGCUUCGCUGGCGGCAUCUGCGGCGUCCCAAGGUGGCCAGGCUCCUGUGCCUCAUUGUCUGGGUAGUGAUUCUCAUGGGCUCCAUCCCCACAGCUAUAUACCACAAGCAAAACCGCUGUGUGUCAGAGAAUCAGACCACAUACCUGUGCUUUGAAAGCUUUAGUGACAACCUGUGGCAGAACAACCUCUUCCCCCUAGUUGUCCUGGCUGAAAUCCUGGGUUUUCUCCUGCCUCUGAGCUCUGUGACUUACUGCUCAAUUCAGAUCUUUCGGGAACUCUGUCAAGCCAGACAGACAAAGACCCUGCGACAGCAGAAGACUGUCCGUCUCCUUGUGGUCAACCUGGUCAUCUUCAUCAUCUGCUUUGUGCCCUACAACACUACCCUGGCAGUAUACGGGUUGCUAAAGGCCAAGGUGAUUAAUGUACGACCAGAAACACAGACCUCUGUGCGCGAUGUGUUAAUCAGGACAAUGCUGUUGGCUAGUAUGAACUGCACACUGGAUCCCCUGAUCUACUACUUUAGCACUGAAGGUUUCCGUAACACCUUUAAGAAACUGCGACAGGGACAAACCUGGGACUCAGAUACAGGGAUGCUUAAGAGUCAGGUUGUGGAGCAAAAGUCAACCCAAAACCAUGCUGCCACAAAAACAAAACAGUUCCCAUCUAAAAAUGUUAUCUGUCCCAAUGAAUCUUUGCCAACUCUUCCUACUGCAGUGUUUUUGAAUGACCUUAUUGAGGACUCAGAAAUAUAAUCACAGAAAGGUCAUAGCAUUACUGAGUUGCAGAGUGGCCCAUUCAAUAAUUACAGUGAGACUGUGGAAGGCAGCCCAAGGUAACUCAGCAAACUGUUUGAGGGAGCACAGCAAGCUGUAUGUGGGUGAAUGUGAUGAUUCAAAGCUGAAGGAUGAAAGGUUGUUUUUGAAUAAACAGAUACAUUGGUGA